AAAACACACAGUGAGUUAUACGGACGGCGAUUACGAAGUCCCCAACACUCACUAGUCCAAAUUCAAAUUUCCAACUCUCUCUCUCUCUCUCUCUAAAACUCAGAUACCUCCAAAACCCCAAAUUCAAAAGUUGGAAACAAACCCCAGAAAUCGUCUGAUCUGAAAAUGGCCAACUCCGAUUCCACCGCUUCUCUUCCUCCAUCGGCUCCUCCUCCUCCGCUCUCAUCCACAACAAAGGAGAAUCUGACUCCAGUUGCCUGCAAGAUUGAAGAACUGACUGAAUCCAGGUCUGAGCUGCUUGGCAGAAUUCAAGGGUUGAAGAAGGAUUUACAAACAUGGAGGUCAAAGCUAGACUCGCAAGUUAAGGUCUACCGCGAUGAACUUUCAGAACUCAAGCAAUCGCUCAACACUGAAGUGGAGCAACUUCGAUCAGAAUUUCAAGAACUGAGGACCACUCUUCAGCAGCAGCAAGAUGAUGUAACUACUAGUCUUCGGAACUUUGGGUUUCUGCAGCUACAGGACGUGACAGGAGAUUCCAAGGCUGAUAAUACUGAGGUUGAAGGGAAGGCUCUCAAAGAAUAAGAUGUAUCAAGCCCAGAGGAUGAUGUCAAAGAAGCUGAAAGCUAGAUGGGUCUUAUCAUUGAGCAGACGUCAUUUAUGUUUAUUCCUGGAGGAAAGAUGAUUAUAUUGAAUCUCUAUAUGUUGUGUCUGUCUAGUUAGAAUUGGCCACAACCUUGUUGUCUUUCAUUAUGUAGAACGCUCUUCUGAACCAAAUUAUGUGGAAUUUUGUGUAGUUUCCUAAAUUUGAAGAAGCUUUUGAAGCAA